UUUUGUAAUAACAAAAAGGAAAAAAAUUGGAGAUAGAGCAAUGCGCAUUGUGUGCUUCAAUUAGCAGCAAGCCUGAAAGGGUGAGUAGAAUCACCUUCUCCCCAUGGGUUUCUCCAAUCUCACGAGGUCUCAAAGCCAACCUCUCAGGGGCAGGACCUCUCAGUCCCCAGCACAAGCAGGGUGGGGGGAGGUUGCUGUCGGACAGGACAGUCACAGGCUCCAGACUGUUCAGCGGAAGAGUUCCUAGCCCCCAUUCUCCUUGGCUUCUGUGAUGUCACACUGGGACUGCUUUCCUUCCACCCUGGGCUGUGGCUUCCAAGGCUGCUGUGACCAUGAGGCUCCUGGAGCCAGCAGAGGGGAGGGAGCCUGGAGGCUCUGAUCGCCCCUGGGGGGCACAGGAGGUCCAGCCAUGCUGCUCUUGAAGGAUGCCACACCCCACAUGAAAGAGAGCCAUCCCCUGCCUCAGGCCCCACUCCCCUGGAUCCUCCCAAGCCUGUUUGCUGCCUUCAAUGUAGUGCUGCUGGUCGUUUUAAGUGGCCUCUUCUUCGCAUUCCCUUGCAGGUGGCUGGCCCAGAACGGGGAAUGGGCCUUUCCCGUCAUCACAGGCUUCCUCUUUGUCAUCACCUUCUUCAGUCUUGUUUCUCUCAACUUCUCAGACCCUGGCAUCUUGCAUCAAGGCUCCAAUGAACAGGGUCCCAUGAUGGUGCAUGUGGUAUGGGUGAACCACAGGGCCUUCCGCCUGCAGUGGUGCCAAAAGUGCUGCUUCCACCGCCCUCCCCGGACCUACCACUGCCCCUGGUGCAACAUCUGUGUGGAGGACUUUGACCACCACUGCAAGUGGGUCAAUAACUGCAUCGGUCACCGCAACUUCCGCUUCUUCAUGCUGCUCGUCCUGUCCCUAUGCCUUUACUCGGGCACCAUUUUAGUCACCUGUCUGACCUUCCUGGUGCGCACGACCCACCUGCCGUUCUCCAUGGACAAGGCUAUCGCCAUCGUGGUGGCUGUACCCGCCGCCGGUUUCCUGGUGCCUCUCUUCCUGCUCCUGCUGAUCCAGGCCAUGUCGGUGAGCGCGGCCGAGCGUUCCUACGAAGGCAAGUGCCAACACCUGCAGGGAUACAACCCCUUCGACCAUGGCUGUGCCAGCAACUGGUAUUUAACAAUCUGUGCACCGCUAGGACCCAAGUACAUGGCCAAAGCUGUCUGGCUGCAGAGAGUGGAGAUGCCUGACUGGGUGCCCUUGCACAAUCCGCACAUCUCCGUGUGCCCUCCUGUGCUCAGUCCUAACCCUCCCUGGGCCUGGGUCUGGCUCCCAGCCCCAACCUCUGGGUCUUUACAAACCAGGGAAGGGUCCCCCAGGGAGUGGUGAGGCUGCAGCCCUCCAGGAGGUGAGGAGUGUGUGCCUGUGUGUGCCGGGAGGGGGCGUCUGCCCAUAGUACAGGUGUCGGGGACCCC